UUGGCCCGUGCUCCAUCCUUGGGGGGCCUCUAUUUAAAAGCCCAGCCCAGGUGAAAGAAGCCCAGAGUUGGACAGCAAGACAGCGGUUAACAAGAGCCUUUCCAAGACGUCUAGACAUCGCCACACAGCCCAGAUGCUACGAAAAGCCUUCCUCGUGGUCUUCUUCCUCCAUUGUUUGGUGCUGAGUUUAGCAUCUUCCUCUUCAUCGUCGGAGGAAGAUGAUGGUAGCAGCGAACAAGGAAGCGAGGAGCACAAAAAAUCACAUUCGCAUCAUUGGGGUUACACUGACCACGGGGAAACAUGGGGUUCUGUUUUCACUGACUGCAAUGGAAAAUCCCAGUCUCCCAUUGACAUCAACACCAAGACAGCCAUCCACGACGCCAGCCUGCCCGCUAUCAAGCUGGAGGGCUACGACCUGACCGACAGCCCAGCCCUCACGCUGCUGAACAACGGGCACACAUUGCAGCUGAGCCUGCCCCGCAGCAUGCAGAUCGUCAGCGGCUUCGACCGGGUCUACCACGCGGCACAGCUCCACUUCCACUGGGGCUCGGUGGAGGAGCCCGGCUCAGAGCACACCAUUGACGACGUCCACUUCCCCGCAGAGAUCCAUGUGGUCCACUACAACUCCAAGUAUGCCAACCUCUCAGAGGCAGCCGCUAAGCCAGAUGGCUUGGCCGUCCUGGGAGCCUUCAUCGGAAUCGGUCUGCGUGAGAAUGAGAACUAUGAGAAGAUCCUGUCAGCCCUCACCGAUGUCAGUGUGGAAGAAACUAAUACAGAAAUCCAAGGGUUCAAUGUCCGUCAUCUGCUGCCAAACAGUCUGGAGCGAUUCUACAGAUACACAGGAUCCCUGACCACCCCACCCUGCUUCCAGACUGUCAACUGGACCAUGUUCAAUGAUACCAUUACAGUGUCCAGAAAGCAGUUGGCCGCCCUGGAGGACACUCUGAAAAUGGAGCAGAACCAACUCCUGCGCUUGAACUACCGGGCUCCGCAGCUCCUUCAUGGCCGACGUGUCCUCUCGUCCUUCGGCGCCUCGCCUGCCGAGCAGAGCCCCAAAAUCGUUCCCCUGGUGGAAACCGAUCCCAGCAAUGCUAACCCAAGGGUUAGAGCAUCCACCGGCAGCCUUGCUGGACUGUCCAAAGGUGAUAUCCUUGCCAUAGCGUUUGGAGGACUCUUUGCUGUCACUCUGCUGGCUUUCUCAUCAUAUGCCUACCAGCAGCGGAAAAAAUAUUCCAAGAUUAAAAAAGAUUCCCGUCAGAAUGUCAUCUAUAAGCCAGCAACUAAGGAGGAGGCAUAGACACCCAAUCUCAUUUCCUUACCACUCACUUGCAAUAUUUAUGUUGUUCUUUUAGGAUUAUUAGAAAGCUUUUAUAUUGUGCACAAGUAUUAGCCAGUACCAUGCCUGGUGAAUGUGACAUGUCAUAGAGGUUGUAGUGUGUAGAAGGAGUGUCCUUACUGUCUUUAUUGCAGACACCUUGUGUCAUAAAUGUGUGGAGUUGGUUAGAAGUACUGUAGGCUGAGGUUGCUGUAUUUAUUUUUCACUCUGCAUAGUUAGAUGUCCCACACAGAAUUCCUCUAAAUUACCUCAUAGAUACUUAAGGUUGUGACGCAGACAACAAAAAAAACUUGUACCUCUAGGAAUCUGUACUUAGGAAGGAAGAAGGUCCAGGUUUGUGUUUAUAUUUAAGAAAGACUGAGAGAUUGAAUGUAUUUAAUGUAUGUAUUUUUAUGUCUUGCUAUUGUUGUGCAAUUGUGUGAACCCUUGAAGCCUAUAUCUUCUUCUCAUCACUAUGCUUUCAGAUGUAUGAAAAUGUUAUGUUUUUGAUCUGUAUAUGGAACAAUAAACAUGUUGUGUUUAAGUUUG